CAUAAAAGGGAGGGGAGAGCAGCCCUGCCGUCUUCAGCUGGAGCUGCCGGGUGGACAGAGCCUCUCCCUCCUUGCCGUCGCCUUCCCGCGUGGGAGAACACAAGAUGUCCCUUGUUGCGGUGCCCUUCUACCAAAAGAGACACAAACACUUCGACCAGUCCUACCGAAACAUCCAGACCAAGUACCUGAUGGAUGAAUACACAGCGAAGAAGCGAGCGUCCACCCAGAUGUCCACCCACAAGUCUGCGUCCACCCAGAUGGCCACCCACAAGUCAGCUUUGCAGAAAGCCUCCAGCCAGACGUCCUCUGGGGGCACAACCUGCCGGCUGUGUGCCAAGCGGCUGAGUGCGGCAGAAGAGGAGGAGCAGGAGAGCAAGAACAGGUACCGCUCCCUGGUGGCUUCUUACGGCGAGGCCAAGCGGCAGCGUUUCCUCAGUGAGCUGGCCCAGCUGGAGGAGAGUGUCCACCUGGCGCGUUCCCAGGCGCGCGACGUGGUGGACAAGUACGCCCUCCAGCAGAUGGUGGAGGACAAGAUGGCCUGGGAGAGGCACGUGUUUGAGGAGCGGCUGAGCCGGGCGCCGGAGAUCCUGGUGCAGCUGAGGUCCCACACCGUCUGGGAGAAGAUGUCCGUGAAGCUCUGCUUCACCGUGCAGGGCUUCCCUACGCCCGUGGUGCAGUGGUACAAAGACGGCAGCCUGAUCUGCCAGGCGGGGGAGCCCGGCAAGUACAGGAUCGACAGCAAGUACGGCGUGCACACGCUGGAGAUCAGCAGGGCAAGCUUUGACGACACGGCCACCUACUCCGCAGUGGCCACCAACGCGCACGGGCAGGUGUCGACCAACGCCGCGGUGGUGGUGCGGAGGUACCGAGGCGAUGAGGAGCCAUUCUACUCCGUGGGGCUCCCGAUUGGAUAUGUGCUGGUCAAGGAGUCCAAGUGGACCCGGAUGUUCUUCGGCGAGGGCCAGGCCUCGCUGUCCUUCAGCCACCUGAACAAGGACGACGAGGGCCUGUACACCCUGAGGAUCGUGUCCCGCGGCGGUGUCAGCGACCACAGCGCCUUCCUGUUCGUCAGAGAUGCUGACCCGCUCGUCACAGGGGCUCCCGGAGCUCCCAUGGACUUGCAGUGCCACGAUGCAAACCGAGACUAUGUCAUCGUGACCUGGAAGCCGCCCAACACGACCACGGAGAGCCCCGUCAUCGGCUAUUUUGUGGACCGGUGUGAGGUGGGAACUAACAACUGGGUGCAGUGCAACGAUGCGCCUGUGAAGAUCUGCAAGUACCCCGUGACGGGCCUCUACGAAGGCAGGUCUUACAUCUUCCGCGUGCGGGCCGUCAACAGCGCCGGCAUCAGCCGGCCUUCCCGGGUCUCGGACGCCGUGGCCGCCCUGGACCCCGCGGAUCUCAGGAGGUUACAGGCCAUUCAUUUGGAGGGGGAGAAGGAGGUUGUGAUCUACCAGGAUGACCUUGAAGGCGACGUUCAGGUUCCAGGGCCUCCCACCAAUGUGCACGCCUCGGAGAUCAGCAGAAACUACGUGGUGCUCAGCUGGGAGCCCCCAGUGCCCCGGGGCAAGGAGCCGCUCAUGUACUUCAUCGAGAAGUCCGUGGUGGGCAGUGGCAGCUGGCAGCGAGUCAAUGCGCAGACGGCCGUGAGGUCCCCUCGGUACGCGGUCUUUGAUCUCGCUGAGGGGAAACCCUACGUGUUCCGGGUGUUGUCAGCCAACAAGCAUGGGCUCAGCGACCCGUCGGAGAUCACAUCUCCCAUCCAGGCUCAGGACACGAUUGCGGUCCCUUCUGCUCCCGGCCGGGUGCUGGCUUCCCGAAACACCAAGACGUCGGUGGUGGUGCAGUGGGACAGGCCGAAACACGAGGAGGACCUGCUGGGCUACUACGUGGACUGCUGCGUGGCGGGCACCAACGCGUGGGAGCCGUGCAACCACAAGCCCAUUGGAUACAACAGGUUCGUGGUGCAUGGCUUGACGACCGGGGAGCAGUACAUCUUCCGGGUGAAAGCCGUGAACGCCCUGGGCACCAGCGAGAACUCCCAGGAGUCUGAGGUCAUCAAGGUGCAGGCCGCCCUGACUGUGCCCUCCCAUCCGUACGGGGUCACGCUGCUGAACUGUGACGGCCACUCCAUGACCCUCGGCUGGAAGGUGCCCAAGUUCAGCGGCGGCUCGCCCAUCCUGGGCUACUACGUGGACAAGCGCGAAGUCCACCACAAGAACUGGCACGAAGUCAACUCCUCCCCGAUCCAGGAGCGGAUCCUGACGGUGGAAGGCUUGACAGAAGGCUCAUUCUAUGAGUUCAAGAUCGCUGCCACCAACUUGGCUGGGAUUGGGCAGCCGUCUGACCCGAGUGAGCACUUCAAGUGUGAGGCCUGGACAGCACCAGAACCCGGUCCAGCCUAUGACCUGACAUUCUGCGAGGUCAGGGACACGUCCCUGGUGAUGCUGUGGAAGGCCCCCGUGUACUCGGGCAGCAGCCCUGUUUCUGGAUAUUUUGUGGAUUUUAAGGAAGAGGAUUCUGGAGAAUGGAGCACCGUGAACGAGGCAGCGACUCCGAAUCGUUACUUGAAGGUCUCUGACCUGCACCAAGGUCGAACCUAUGUCUUCCGCGUGCGGGCGGUGAACGCCAGCGGUGUGGGGAAGCCCUCGGAUGUGUCUGAGCCGGUGCUGGUGGAGGCCAGGCCAGGCACCAAGGAGAUCAGUGCUGGCGUCGACGAGGAAGGCAACAUCUACCUGGGCUUCGACUGCCAGGAGAUGACGGACGCGUCCCACUUCACCUGGUGCAAGUCCUACGAGGAGAUCGCCGACCCCGAGAGGUUCCACGUGGAGACCAAGGGCGACCACUCCAAGCUCUACUUCAAGAAUCCAGACAAAGCCGACUUGGGGACCUACUCUGUGUCGGUCAGUGACACGGAUGGCGUGUCCUCCAGUUUUGUUUUGGACGAAGAAGAGCUUGAGCGACUGCUGGCCCUGAGCAACGAGAUCAAGAACCCCACAAUCCCUCUGAAAUCAGAGUUAGCUUAUGAGAUCUUCGAUAAGGGCCAGGUGCGCUUCUGGCUCCAGACGGAGCCCUUAUCCCCAGACGCCAGCUUCCGCUUCGUCAUCAACGACAGGGAAGUGUCUGACAGUGAGACACACAGGAUGAAAUGUGACAAGGCGUCCGGCAUCAUCGAGAUGGUGAUGGAUCGCUUCACUAUUGAGAAUGAGGGCACCUACACCGUGCAGAUUCACGAUGGCAAAGCCAAAAACCAGUCUUCCCUGGUCCUCAUCGGAGACGCCUUCAGGAAGGUGCUGGAAGAGGCUGAGUUCCAAAGGAAAGAAUUCCUCAGGAAGCAAGGCCCUCAUUUUGCUGAGUACCUGCACUGGGACGUCACAGAGGAGUGUGAGGUCCGGCUCAUCUGUAAGGUUGCGAACACCAAGAAGGAGACGGUGUUCAAGUGGCUCAAGGACGACGUUCUGUACGAGACGGAGACGCCGCCCGACCUGGAGAAGGGCGUGUGCGAGCUGCUCAUCCCGAAGCUGUCCAAGAAGGACCACGGCGAGUACAAGGCGACCUUGAAGGACGAGAGAGGUCAGGACGCGAGCAUCCUGGAAAUAGCGGGCAAAGUGUACGAGGACAUGAUCUUGGCCAUGAGCAGAGUCUGUGGGAUGUCGGCUUCUCCCCUGAAGAUCCUCUGCACCCCGGAAGGGAUCAGGCUGCAGUGUUUCAUGAAGUACUUCACCGAGGAGAUGAGAGUGAACUGGUACCACAAAGACGCCAAGAUCUCGUCCAGUGAGCACAUGCGCAUUGGGGGCAGUGAGGACAUGGCCUGGCUGCAGAUCUGCGAGCCCACGGAGAAGGACAAAGGGAAGUACACUUUUGAGAUUUUCGACGGCAAAGACAACCACCAGCGCUCGCUCGACUUGUCGGGACAAGCGUUCGACGAAGCCUUCGCAGAGUUCCAGCGGCUCAAGGCUGCGGCGUUCGCAGAGAAGAAUCGCGGCAAGGUGAUUGGCGGUUUGCCCGACGUGGUGACCAUCAUGGAAGGCAAGACCCUGAACCUGACCUGCACGGUGUUUGGGAACCCCGACCCCGAGGUGGUGUGGUUCAAGAACGACCAGGACAUCGAGCUCAGCGAGCACUUCUCCGUGAAGGUGGAGCAGGCCAAGUACGUGAGCCUGACCAUCAAGGGCGUGACCUCCGAGGACUCGGGCAAGUACAGCAUCAAUGUCAAGAACAAGUACGGCGGGGAGAAGAUCGACGUCACCGUCAGCGUGUACAAGCACGGCGAGGCCAUCCCCGAGGUGGCGCCGCCCCAGCAGGCCAAGCCCAAGCUCAUCCCCGCGUCCGCCUCCGCCACGGCCCCGUAGGGCGUGGAGAGGCCCUGGUCCCGGUGCCGCGUGACAGCAGGCCACGGGCCACCGCCAUGCUUCUAGGUUUUGCGUUUGAUUUUCGUUUUACGCCCGUCUGUUUGCCCCAGGCUCUGUACCCAUGGUUCCUGGCGGAACGCGGGGCCUGAGCUCAGCGCCCGGCUCAUGGCCGCGUGGGGGCGACUCUGGGCUGUGCAGUGCGUGGCUGAGUGUGCCAAGCCGCCGUCCACCCCGGGCAGCUGCGAAGGCCCACAGUGGCCCUCGGAGCAGGCACUAGCCGGUCACACGUGUGUCUCCUGCUGUAGGCUAAUAAAGCAUCACAAGGCGCCGGGCUGUGGUGUCCCCAGCCCUCACUA